AUGUCAAACUAUCCUCCCCCCCAGACGGACGAAGCCGCCGCUCACCACGAUUAUGUCAACGGCCAUGACCCAGAACUCGGCCAUGGUGCCCACCGCAGCACCGUCUCGCAGGUCCGUGAUCCGCAAUUCUUCAAGGUCGCCAAUCCUGGUCCCCUCGGCCUGAUCAGCUUCGCCAUCACAACGCUCUGCCUCGGCUUCUAUCAUCUUCCCGGUGCCAACCCUCUUGGAAGUGUCGGUCCCUACCAAGCCAUCUUUGGCCUCGCCGUCUUCUUCGGUGGUGGCACCCAAUUCGUAGCCGGCAUCAUGGAGUUCCGCGUCGGCAACACGUUUGGUAGCACCCUGCACUGCAGUUACGGCGCCUUUUGGCUCUCCUUUGCCAUGUUCAUAGUGCCCAGCCUGGGCAUCCGCGAAGCCUACGCCGGUGAUGAGCGCGCUUUCACCGUUGCUGUUGGCAUAUUCCUCAUGGCCUGGUGUCUGCUGACGCUCGUCUUCACCAUUGGCGCCCUCAAGACGAAUAUAGCCAUCUUGUUUGUCCUUGGAUGCCUCACGUUGGCCUUCUUCUUCCUUGGCUUGGCGCAGUUCAUUGCCGUGCCUCAUCCGUCGGCCGCCAUCAAGGUCAACCAGGUCGGUGGUGCCUUUUCAGUCUUCUGCGCCUUGGGUGCGCUAUACGCCGGUGCGAGCGGCAUCAUGCUGCCAGAGAGUACAUGGGUUAGGUUCCCGCUGGGCGAGUUCAACUAUGCCAAGCCCUCCCCUGCUGCUGCUGCUGCCACGGAGAAUGGCGCGAACGGGAAGCAGCACGCAUAA